GCAGCAGGGAGUGACAGAGACCAGACAAGACACAUAUACAUCCUCUCCAGCGCCAGAGCUGUGGAUGGGGAGCAGCCAAGAGGCGUGAAAGAAGCCCGGAGCUGGGCACCUUGUGGGUGCAUCUUGAAUAGCGUCAGAAACCAAUUCACCCCCUCAAAAAAAAGAGACAUGCUCGUUAACUCCUCUACUGAAGAUGGAAUUAAAAGAAUCCAAGAUGACUGCCCCAAGGCUGGCAGGCACAAUUACAUAUUUGUCAUGAUCCCUACUCUAUACAGCAUCAUCUUUGUGGUGGGAAUAUUUGGAAACAGCUUGGUAGUAAUUGUCAUUUACUUUUACAUGAAGCUAAAGACUGUGGCCAGUGUUUUCCUUCUGAAUCUCGCCCUGGCUGAUUUAUGCUUUUUGUUGACUUUGCCUCUGUGGGCAGUUUAUACCGCUAUGGAAUACCGCUGGCCCUUCGGCAAUAACCUAUGUAAGAUCGCUUCGGCCAGCGUCAGUUUCAACCUCUACGCCAGUGUGUUCCUGCUCACAUGUCUCAGCAUCGAUCGCUACCUGGCCAUUGUCCACCCGAUGAAGUCUCGCCUCCGCCGCACGAUGCUGGUCGCCAAAAUCACCUGCAUCAUCAUCUGGCUGAUGGCUGGCUUGGCCAGUUUGCCUGCCGUUAUCCAUCGAAAUGUGUAUUUCAUCGAGAACAUCAAUAUCACAGUUUGUGCUUUCCAUUAUGAAUCUCGGAACUCAACUCUCCCCAUUGGACUGGGUCUAACGAAGAACAUUCUGGGCUUCGUGUUCCCUUUCCUUAUUAUUCUCACCAGCUAUACUCUGAUUUGGAAAGCCCUAAAGAAGGCUUACAAAAUUCAGAAGAACACGCCAAGAAAUGAUGACAUCUUUAGGAUGAUUAUGGCAAUUGUGCUUUUCUUCUUCUUUUCCUGGGUUCCCCACCAAAUAUUCACUUUUCUGGAUGUGCUCAUUCAGCUGGGUGUCAUCCGUGACUGUAAAAUUGCUGACGUUGUGGACACUGCUAUGCCCAUCACCAUCUGCAUAGCUUAUUUUAACAAUUGCCUGAACCCUCUGUUUUAUGGCUUUCUGGGGAAAAAAUUUAAAAGAUAUUUCCUCCAGCUUCUGAAAUAUAUUCCCCCAAAGGCCAGGUCGCAUGCAGGCUUAUCAACAAAAUUCAGUACUCUUUCCUUCCGCCCUUCAGAUAACAUGAGCUCAUCUGCCAAGAAGUCUGCAUCUUGUUUUGAAGUGGAGUGAGAGGGUUCAAAGCCUGCUAGUGACAUGAUUCCCUGACAGUAGAAGUCAGAGCAGCAUUUGGCUACAGUUCACUCACUAUUAAAGGAACAUUCGACUUCCAGCCCUUUCAGGCUUGAAGCAGAGAAAGGACUCAGUGGACUGUACGUGUUUUAUAAAGUGCUAAACAAAAGCUCUUUUCCCCUUUAGAACAAGUCAGAGCAAAGCUACUGUUCACUGCCACAGACGGGCCUCACUUGGGUCCCCGAUCUGCGUGGAACUCCUCUUGGUUGCAGGCGAGUGAGGAUUCGGUGAACGAGUGACAGACAGUUCACACGAGAGAGGGUGUAAAACUGAAUGCGUUGAUCAA